UUUUGAUGGUACAUAUCCUUGUCCUCCUCGAUUUGCUCUUACUGAGGAAGGUGAAAUCACAAGCGAGAUCACUAUGGCUUAUAAACUGUGGAAGAAAACUGAUAAAGCAUUGCUUGGUCUCCUGAUGGCAACUCUUGAUGAUGAUAUUAUGGAAAUUAUAGUAGGAAGUAAAUCUUCACAUGAUGCAUGGCUUGCUUUGCUUGAGAGGUUUUCCACUGUCUCGAGAGCUAACAUCAUCCAGCUCAAAACUGAUCUACAAACUAUCAAGAAGGGAGCUUAUACUGUUGACAAGUACCUUCAGCGUAUCAAACAUGCAAGAGAUCAACUCAGCUCUGUGGGAGUUACACUUGUUGAUGAAGAUAUUGUAGUUGUUACAUUAAAUGGCUUACCUGAUGAAAUAUGCUAUGAUAAAGACUGUUAUCAGGGCAAGAGAUACACCAAUCUGACUGAAGGAUUUCAGAGCUCAACUGUUGGCUGCUGAAAGAGAUAUUGAGCUGCAGCUUGUGCCACAAGUAUCUUUGUCUGCAAUGGCUGCCAAAGGAUCUUCUUACAGAGGGAAUACUAAUUCACAAUUCUCUGGAUCAUCUAGCAACUACAAUGGUGACAAGGGAAAGACAGUUUGGAGUGAUAAUAGCUCAAAACAACAAUCUUGGCCUCACAAUGGAAAGUUUUCUCAGGGAGAAGGGUCCAAUGGAGGUGGUGCUAAGAGCUAUAAUGGUAUGGAGUGUCAAAUCUGUGGUAAGAAGGGACACAAUGCAAACAAUUGCUAUCAACAUAUUGAGUGUCAUAUUUGCCACAAGAAGGGCCACAUUGCUAGCAAGUGUUUUCAGAAUCCUGCCAACAAUCAAGGAGCUGAGUAUAGAAACAACAUUGGUGUUUCUCCUGAAUGCCAGAUCUGUAGUAAGAAGGGUCAUACAGCCAUUAACUGUUUCUAUCGAGGAGAUAUACCUCCUGAUCAUCCCUCCCGAUCUGUUGUAGUAUGUCAAAUUUGUGGACUCAAGGGACAUGUUGCACUCAACUGUCACCACAGGAGCAACUAUGCUUACCAAGGUUCUGAGCUUCCUGCUUCCCUCACUGCCAUGACAGCUCACACUCAAUACACUGGUGCAAGUUCUUCAAAUCCUUCUAAUGACAAUAAUUCUGAAGUGUGGAUUGGAGACACUGGUGCUACACAUCACAUGACAUCUGAUUUGAGGAAUCUCUCAAUUGCUCAUCCCUUUGAUUCCAACAAUACAAUUACCAUUGGACAAGGCAUCAAAAGCUCUUCUGUACAAAGGCAAGAGUAAUGGGGAUGGUCUUUUCCUCUUCAAGACACCAAAAUUCUCACCAUCAUUUCAGUCUACUCAAACUGCAUUUGUUGGAGCUGCUGUCAAGUGUUCUAU